UCGGUGUUUGAGCUGAUCUUGUGUUGGAGUUUUUUUUUUUUUUUUUUUUCUUUUUUCUUUUUUUCUUCCUUUUGAGUAAAGGCUUUUUAUCAUGGAGGGAACGGUGGUGAAAAUUCCAAGGAUAGCAGCUACAGUUAAGAGAGGCUUCAUCAGUGCUGAGAAAAGACAUGCCUGUGUGAAGACAGUCCCUCCAAAGAAGAAGGAGUUCUAUUCCAGUUAUAUUGCUAAAAUCCUAAAGCAAGUUCAUCAAGAUUUCAGUGGCAAUAGCUGGGUGCUGGAAGUCCUGUGGUCACUGGAUAACUGGCUGUUCGAUCAGGCCAUCUUGGAGGCAGUCAGGUUGUCCUUCUUUAACCACAGGCAAGUCAUCACCAUCAGAGAAGUGAUCGAGGCAUUGAGGCUGGUGCUCUUGGAGGGAUCUACAUAAGGCUUCUUCUCUAACAGCUAGCUGGAAAUGGAAUUGCAUCACUUUGGAUAAAGUUAUCAAUAAAGUAUUUAUAAAAACAAACAAAAAGACCCAAGAAUGACUUGAUGAUAUUACGUAGCUAGUCACUGUAUGACCUUGGGCCUUAGUUUCUCUAGUUGUAAAAUGAAGGGAAUGUAAAAUGACCUCUUCUGGCUAUGACAUUCUAGGGAUCUCUUCUGAAUAGAUGUUGAGAUGCUUAUUCUACCCAGGCUCUGAGUUAUGAAAUAUAAUGGACAGAACCAAAAUCUAAAGUUUGGAGGAUGUGGGUUAAAUUUUGUCGGACCUUUUCUUCUUGGAUCUUUUUGGGGUUUAGAUGUCAUGGUAUAGCUGGAUUAAAUGACAUGGAUAGUUAUCUUUGGGGAUGUUAUUAUACUUUGCUUCCUAGAAUAGCCACACUAAUAAUAUAUCAAUAUGUCUGUUUUUCCCCACAGCACCAUCCAAUAUUUGUCACUUUCUUUUUAAAGAAUCUGUUUUAUCAAUAUGAUCAGAAGCCUCAGAGUUGCUUUAAUUUGCAUUUCUUUAGUAAUUAAUGGGAUAUUUAGG